AUGCAGGCAGAAUUUAAAUCGAGCAUCAACGAUUUCCUAGAGCAGCUUCCAAAUCAUGCAAGACUGUAUCAAAAGCCAGCGGCUUGCCUUGCUGUUUUUCGAUUAUUACCGAUUUUGGCAAGACAAUAUGUAAUGUCCAUGCUUUUUAAUCCUAUGCCUGUCGCUCUUUCAGACUUUGAUUUAUGGACGAAAAUGUCGAGUAAAGUAUAUCAAUCAGAAUCAUUUAACAAACUUGUGAGCAUGCACAUUUUUCAAUUUGAUGGACAGCACAUUAUUCUUAACGAGGAAUUCCGGAAGCAGUUUAUUACUGCUCUCACCGGCGGUGGGAAUCAUAAUUCAUUUGGUGUUCCCUGCACCGAUGAAGACAAGCAUCAUGUGGAUUUAGACUUUCUAGAUAAAUACGCAAAGGAGACUUGGGAAACUAUUUUACAUUUCAUGGUAGGAACGCCAGAGGGUAAAUAUCCCGGAGAAGGAGUCCUAAGUUUACUUCGAAGAGGAGGUUUAAUGACUGGUCCCAAGAAUCAAUUGCGAAUUACGCACUCAGGUUUCCAAUUCCUUUUGCAAGAUAUCAAUACACAAAUCUGGACUCUUUUGCUUGAGUAUCUCAAGCUUUCCGAAGAUACACAUAUGGAUCCUAUUCAAGUUUUACAUUUUCUAUUUAUGCUAGGAAGUUUGGAAUUGGGAAGAGAUUAUUCUGUAGAUUUCUUGACUGACACUCAACAAAUUAUGCUGGAAGAUUUACGAGAGUACGGGGUCGUGUAUCAAAGGAAAACGACAUCAAAGCGAUUUUAUCCUACGCGUCUCGCAACGAGCUUAACAACUGACUCUCACGCACUAGAAGGUGCCAAGAGUGAUAAUGACGCUGACAAGGGGUUCAUUAUUGUAGAAACAAAUUAUCGUUUGUAUGCCUACACAAGCUCGCCUCUACAGAUUGCCAUCAUAGGUUUAUUCGCUAAUUUACGAGCGAAGUUUUCAAAUUUGGUUGUUGGCGUGAUCACUCGUGAUAGUAUUCGAAGAGCUCUGAUGAAUGGUAUUGCUGCUGAACAAAUUAUCACAUACUUUUCUACGCAUGCUCAUCCACAAAUGAGAGCGAAUGUACCUUUACUUCCUCCUACAUUAGUGGAUCAGAUCUAUUUAUGGGAAUUAGAAAAGAACCGUUUGAAGGCGACACCAGGAAUACUAUUUCGAGACUUUCUUACUGACAUGGAAUUUGACCAAGCCGUGGAAUACGCAAAAGAACUGGGUGUCCUUGUGUGGGAUAGUUCGAUCAAACGCAUGUUUUUUAUUACCACAGCUGGCGCGCAGCCGAUGAUUGCCUUCUUGAAAAGGAAAGCUGUAAAAUAA